AACCUUCAGCCAUUAUUACUACGCGAUGGUGGCUGCGCGAGUCUUCACCUAAAUAAAACACAGACAACUUCUGGGCCCACGGAGCUCACCUAUGCGCCCAGGUGCCACAGGUGUUCGUUUCCUCGAGCAUUAAAGUGCGGACGUCGCUGCUCCCGUCGAGUUUGGUGUAGUUUCCGUAUUUUAGACCUUUCUGUGUUCCUCAAAUGACGGCGCAGGUAGACUACCUGGUGGUGCUGUGCGUCGCCACAUCUGGCGCCAGUGGAGAGCUGCUGGGCUCCGACGAGAAGGAACUAGUGCGCUUGGUGUGGCAGCAGGUGGAUGUAAAUAACAAAAAGUUGGGCAAGGUGAAUGAGCUAGUGAUUAAGCCUGAAGUGUCAGACUCGACUGAGCCAAAUGAACCUGAGGAUGGGUUGACGGAAAUCGCAGAGGAAGAAGUAGAAGAAAAUGACUCCGGAGCGGAUUGCCUCUCUAACGCAAAGAGCCUGGAAACUGCCCUAAACAUGUUCCAUCUUCAGCUGACAAACGAAGUGAACAGCGCAGGUGCAGGCACGUCAGUGUGUUUAUGUACAGACGGGCAGCUUCACAUCCGUCAAGUCGUUCACCCCGAGGCCGCAAGCAAGAACGUCCUGAUCCCAGAAUGCUUUUACUCCUUCUUCGACCUUCGGAAAGCAUUCAAGACGCACUUUCCCUCAUCCAACCUGAAGGCUUUGGAUGUAUACACCAUGGCAGAGUCCUUAAGUAUACCAGUGGAAGUACCUCCAAUGGAGCCAUCAGCCACAUUGCCUCCAGAAAUAGGAGUGCAACAGGUCCAGAUUAUGGCCAACAUCGUACUUACCCUGCUUUCUGAGCCAUUAUGUCACACAUUCUCUAACCCGGAAAGAGUUCAUGAGAAGUUUGAGACGGGUACUUGCAGUAAGAUGGAGAAAGUAAAUGACAACACAGUCAUCAGAGCCAGAGGGUUGCCGUGGCAGUCAUCAGACCAGGACAUCGCCCGCUUCUUCAGCGGACUAAAUAUUGCCAAAGGAGGAGCGGCAUUGUGUCUUAACGCUCAGGGGAGGAGAAAUGGCGAGGCUCUCGUUCGUUUCAUCAGCGAAGAACAUCGAGAUCUGGCACUACAAAGACACAAGCAUCAUAUGGGCAACAGAUACAUAGAGGUUUACAAGGCAACAGGAGAGGACUUCCUGAAGAUAGCCGGAGGUACAUCCAACGAAGUAGCCAUGUUCCUGUCCCGGGAGGACCAGAUCAUAGUGAGGAUGCGAGGGCUUCCUUUCACGGCCACACACGAGCAGGUGCUCGCCUUCUUUUCGCCACCAGACGCACUCAAAGACACGUGUCCUGUCAGCGGAGGGAAGGAAGGCAUCCUAUUUGUACGCUACCCAGACGGUCGUCCCACAGGUGAUGCCUUUGUCUUGUUCGCCUGUGAGGAACAUGCACUAUGUGGACUCAGGAAACACAAGGAGAUCCUUGGGAGAAGAUAUAUUGAGCUGUUUAAGAGUACAGCAGCGGAGGUCCAACAGGUGUUGAACCGGUACUCGUCUGCCCCCCUAAUCCCCGUAGCCCCUGCCCCCUUGCUAUCAGUGUUGCCCCCCGUGUCUCUCCUGCCCCCUCCUGUCAGCGUGAGGGACUGCCUGAGGCUGCGAGGGUUGCCCUACACGGCGAGCAUCGAGGACAUCCUCAAUUUCCUGGGCGAGUUCACCCAGGACAUCAGGCCGCAAGGCGUGCACAUGGUCCUCAAUCAGCAGGGGCGUCCAUCAGGCGACUGUUUCAUCCAGAUGAUAUCUCCAGAAAGAGCACUUUUGGCCUCUCAGCAUCUCCACAAGCACAUUAUGUCCUGCCAACGCGGGACCAACAGCCGCUAUGUGGAGGUGUUUCCCUGCAGCAUCGAGGAGAUGGGCCUAGUGCUGAUGGGAGGCUCGCUUUCACACGCGCACACACACACACACACCAGGAACAGGAGUGGGACAGGGCUCAGCCCGCCGCCAUGUAAGUCCAGACGUCUAUCUCCACCGUCCUACUCCUUCACGCCCACGCCAUCUGUCCUGCCUACUGAAGCUGCUGCAGCCCUCUACCCUCCCCUUGGUCAGGUGAUGCUAGCCCCUCGCCCCCUACACCCAGGGCAUGCCUACUACCCCUCAUCAGCGCAGCUUUACAUGAACUACACCGCCUAUUAUCCAAGCCCACCUGGCUCUCCCACAACUGUAGGUUUCUUCCCCUCCCCCUCUGCCCUGUCCACCCCUGGGGGGUUGGUGCGCAUGCCGGGUCUGACCUACAGCAGCAAGGACCUCAUUAACGCAAUGCAGGGAUAUCAGACUGCUGUGGAGCCGGUCUCCCUCCUGAGUAGCAGCCUGAUUGGCCAAUCGGGCGGAGGUGACCCACCUGUGGUGUCCCUCCCCGCCCUGGUGAGCAAACCUGCAGGACAGUACCUGGACCUGAGUCUGCUUUAAAGACUCACACCUGGUCCAAAUAUUGUGUAUUGUUAGCCUUUUCAAAGUAGUCCUAUUUAUGUUCGCAAAAACAGACACUACUAUAUUUUGUACCAAUUAUUUGUCCUUUAUUGUACAAAAAGCUUUAUAGAUUUUUUUCAUGUUACAUUAAUAUUAUAAUAAUCACUAUUAUAUAUUUGAUAGCCAAAGUAGUCACAAAUGUUCUUGUAGUAAACACUGUUCAAGCUUCUCCGUGAAGAAAGUGUGUUCGCGCGCAUUUUUUGUAUAUAUAUGUGUGUGUGUGUGUGUGUGUGUGUGUGUGUGUGUGUGUGUGUAUGUGUGCGUGCGUGCGUGCGUGCGUGCGUGCGCGUGUGGACAUAGGACUUAUUAGACUUUUAGGGCCACACUGAAAAGAAGAAAAUUAAAUUAAUUGACCCGGGGAACAAAGUUGUAAUAUAAUGAAGAAAAAUUGUCAUUUCCACAAGCAGAUUUCAUGUUUAUUCAAGUAAUUUAAUAUUUUGUAUUUAUUUUUGUCAAAAUCACUCCGACAGUACAAUGUUUGUCUGGUAAAAUACGUUUACAUCCAUCCAUCCAUCUAUUUACUACCGCUUUUCCCUUUUGGGGUUGCGGGGGAUGCUGGAGCCUAUCUCAGCUACAUUCAGGCGGAAGGCGGGGUACACCCUGGACAAGUCGCCACCUCAUCGCAGGGCCAACACAGAUAGACAGACAACAUUCACACUCACGUUCACACACUAGGGCCAAUUUAGUGUUGCCAAUCAACCUAUCCCCAGAUGUUUGCUUUUAGCGGUGGGAGGAAGCCGGAGUACCCGGAGGGAACCCACACAGAUCAUGCAAACUCCACACAGAAAGAUUCCGAGCCCGGUAUUGAACUCAGGACUACUCAAGACCUUCGUAUUGUGAGGCACAUGCACUAACCCCUUUUACCACCGCGCUGCCCUGUUUACAUACAAUGUUACCUAAUUACCACAAAUGUGUACUUUUUUUCUUAUCAUAAACAUCAAAAAUAUUUUGUUAUGACGACCCUUUUUUCCUGUUAUCACAUACAGUAAUUAUUACCACUUUGUCGUGAAAUUACAGCUUUGUUUAUUCUCUUAAAACAAAUUUUAUUCAAAAUUUUCCAGUAUUAUUUUUGGAAAAUGUCAACGUUAUUUUCUUAAACAUACAAAUUGUCCCCUUCUUAAUAUAACCAUUUUGUCAAAUGUUUUAAUGAAAAUAUCACAUCUUUAUUCAUGUAACAGAAUAUUUUUUUCGCAUGGUACAAUAUUUUUCUGGUGAAACAGCUUUUUUCCAUUAACAACAAUGUUAUCCACCUAAGAUAAAACAAUUAUAACUAUUUUUAACUUUAAUAUGACAACUCUGUUCUCUUAAAAUGACAUAUUUUUUGGAACUUUUUCCCUUUAAUAUUACAAUGUUCUUCUCUUAAAAUGAAAACCUCCCGCCUUUUAAUAUGACCAUUUCAUCCAUUUUUUAAAUAUCACAUCUUAAUUUAUGUAAAAAAAAUGAAUAAAUAAAAAUCUCACAGUAUACAUUUUUGGGGUGAAACGUUUUUCUCAUAUUUUACAAUAUUAUUCAGAGACAGUAUAAUAUUAAUACAACUUUUUUCUCUUCAAAUAACAAUUUUUUUGGUAAUAUGACCAUUCUUGGGAAAUUAGAAAAUGUUCCUAGAAUAUUUCACGAUAAUUCUCAUCCUGGUAAGAUUAUAACUUAAUUUCCUUAGAGUUACAAUUUUAUGUACGUAAGAAAAAAACUACUUUCUUAUGGAAUAUUUCAACUUUGUCUUGGUCGAUGAAACUUUUCCUUAUAAUAACAUACACUAAUAAAGUAUAUAGAUCAGUGGUUCUUAACCUUGUUGGAGGUACCGAACCCCACCAGUUUCAUAUGUGCAUUCACCGAACCCUUCUUUAGUGAAAAAUAAAAUGUUUUUUUUUUUCAAAUUCAAGACAAAGUUCUAUGUUUUUGGUAACACUUUAGUAUGGGGAACAUAUUCUAAGUCAGUGGUUCUCAACCUUUUUUCAGUGAUGUACCCCCUGUGAACAUUUUUCAAUUCAAGUACCCCCUAAUCAGAGCAAAGCAUUUUUGGUUGAACAAAACAGAUGAAGUAAAAUGUACUAUGUCAUCAGUUUCUGAUUUAUUAAAUUGUAUAACAGUGCAAAAAAUUGCUCAUUUGUAAUGGUCUUUCUUGAACUAUUUUGAAAAAAAGAUAUAAAAAUAACUAAAAACUUGUUGAAAAAUAAACAAGUUAUUCAAUUAUAAAUAAAGAUUUCUACACACAGAAUUAAUCAUCAACUUAAAGUGCCCUCUUUGGGGAUUGUAAUAGAGAUCCAUCUGGAUUCAUUAACUUAAUUCUAAACAUUUCUUCACAAAAAAAAUAAUCUUUAACAUCAAUAUUUAUGAAACAUGUCCACAAAAAAUCUGGCUGUCAACACUGAAUAUUGCAUUGUUGUAUUUUUUUUUUCACAGUUUAUGAACUUACAUUCAUAUUUUGUUGAAGUAUUAUUCAAUAAAUAUAUAUAUAAAGAAUUUUUGAAUUGUUGCUAUUUUUUCAAUAUUUAAAAAAAAAAUCUCACGUACCCCUUGGAAUACCUUCAAGUACCCCUAUUUGAGAACCACUGUUCUAAUUAACAAAGACUUAAUUUAGAGUUAUUUGGACACUAGGGGAACAUAUUCUAAGUGAUAAAGACUUAAUUUAGAGUUAUUUGGUUAGGGUCAGGGUUAGGGUUAUAAUAAGGCCAUGCCGAAUAAGGCUUUAAUAAGAACUUAAUGACUAGUUAAGAGCCAAUAUGUUACUAAUUUGCAUGUUAAUAAACGCCUAUAUUAAUGGUGAAUAUGUUCCCCAUACUAAAGUUUUACCAUGUUUGUUUUUUUUACUGGUGCACAAAAUGAACCGUGCAUGAACAUCACCUUGUUCAAACAACAAAACCAACACAGUGCAUCAAAUCACAACAAAUUAUACACCUGCAAAUCAGUCAGCUGUUGCCGUAUCCGUAAUAAUCUGACAGGGAGAAGUUUGUAUUUACACGAUGAGUCGGGUGUGUUUUGACCUCCGCCGAACCCCUAGGGUUCGAUCGAACCCUGGUUAAGAACCACUAAUAUAGAUGUGCAUGUGUGUGUGUGUGUGUAUAUAUAUAUAUUUAUGUGUGUGUGUGUAUAUAUACGUACACACACAUACAUAUAUUUUUAAUACAUCUUUUUUAUUGUCACAAAUACCACAAAAAGAAAAGUUGUUUCUCCUAAUUGUACUUACUUCUUAAAAAAAUAUAUACACAUUGAGUAAUGUCACAACUUUAUUAGCGUGCAUUAAAAAAAUCCAUCAAAUUACAACAACAAUAUUUGCUUUGUUCUCAUAAUAUUUCAACAUAAUGUAUCUUUUGAGUGUGGCCCUUAAGUAGUAGCAAGGUGUUUGUGGAGCACAUUUCAUGUGUUUUUUUCCACAUCCACCCAUUAUAUUGGAAGCUUUAGUGCAUGAAGAAGUAUGUAUAUUACAAAUGUUUACAUAAAGCCAAAUACCAAUGCACUGCUAUCAAUACAUCUCAAUAUACCAUAUACAUAUAUACUGUAUACAAAUAACUAUAUGCUAGUUUAUGUUACACUGAAUUGUUCAACAAAGUUUGUUUUUUUCCUUGUAAUUGAAAGUGAUGCCGCAAUCGGCUAAGAAACAAAGUGAACCCUUUUGUAAUAAUCAGUAUCAUGACUACAAGCCAAAUAAAACUUCAUGACAAUUGCA